AUGAAUAUUUUAAUAGAAUUAAAAAAGUAAAACUUUCUAUUGAGGAAUGGAAGACAUGUCCUAAAGCAAAGAAAGGCAAAUUUAUUAGAGAUAAUGGUAAGUUUAUUGAGUUUCCAUUUGAGAGAUUAGUUAAUUUGGAUAUGAGCAAUCAUAGAAAAGGCAAUCUCCUUAAUUCACAAAAACCAGAUGUGUUUUUAUUCGGAAGGGUUUGUCUUUUUGAUCCACUCAAUGUUGAAAUAGUUUUGGAGUUGAAAACUAAACACAGAAAUGAUUUUAGAAAUGAGGAAAUAGGACAUAUUGCAGCAUUUGCUGAAAAAGCACUUCAACUCCAACCUCAAAGAUCUUUCAUAUAUGGUGUUCUAACAGAUUGCUAUGAUAUUAUGUUUAUUAAGGUUCAAAGGUCAACAAUAUUCUCAGAUGAUUUCACUAACAAGUUUAAAUAUGAGCUCACUAAAAAAGAAUUACUUAAAUAUGGCAAUCAAGGAUGGAAUUGUUUUGCUACUCUACUUGUGCAAAAAAGUGAACAACUAGAUUGGAUUAAACAGCAAUCAUUCUAUGAAGAACAUGGUAGUGGUGUUACAUUGAAGAAAUGUAUUGGUCAUGGGAGGACAUGUCAUGUUUUUAGUGGAGAAUCACAUGAUAGCAUUAUUGUUGCAGUCAAAAUUUUAAAGUAUGAAGAUAAUAUUGAAAAGGAAGUGAACAUUUGA